AUGGCAGUCAUUCUCGGUUUCUCGAUUUCAGCAUAUCUCACAUUACUUCUGCUCAUCAUCCACUACAUCACUGUCCACAACGUCCACCACGUCCACCAAACAAAGAGCACAGCGAACACCCACAUCAAUGCAGUCGACCACAGAAUCCUCACCUUUACACGUUCCCGCAUCUUCUCAUGGACUCCCAGCCGACGCUUCCAGUACGCUAUCGAAAAGUCUGUCCUAAUCCUCAGCGACCUGAAUCUAGUGACCGGCACCGCAAUCCUCAUCGCCGGCUACUCGCAACUGAGAUGCGGUAUCUCUGCGUAUCACUGGCAGAUGAUGGUCUUCAUCUCGUGGUUCGCCAGUUUCGCUUUCGUCUCCGCGACGGCCUUUCUCGAAGGCUGCUCCCAAACUAACAAAAGUAUGCGGCUUAUCAGACUGGUCUUUAUGGUUCUACUUGCUUCCUUGUUGAUUGCUGCUUUGCUUCCGACGGGGUCGAGGAUGUGGCUUAAUGGGUAUCCUGACGAUGGUGAGGGAUUCUAUCCUAGUCUGAGUGCUAUUUGCUUCUACAAAGAGCUUGGGAUGCGGUCAUUCUUACGACGGGGUCCCAAGAUUUGGUCUAUGAUCUUCUCUGUGGUUAUCGUUGGUGUGUCUUUUGUUCGGUGUGGUAUACAGCUACUUGACCGAGGUGGGGACGUGUCUCGCACAUGCCUUCGGACCUUGCCUGGAACAAAGUUCAAGCAGUUCCUCAGCUUCCUGGAGAGGAAGACAUUACCUCCUACGAUUCAGGCCUACAUCUGGCACCUACCAUACCUACUCUCAUAUGCCGGCUUCGUAACCGUCCGGGCCUCCUACGAUGUCUUCGAGUCAAUGCUACUGGAGAUCCUCUGGUUGGCAUUUGCAAUGGCAUGGGGAACCAUCAAAGUCUGGGACACACGCGCUGCAGCAUCAUGGAACUAUGACGGCUACAACUUCACGCUCAACCAAAAGGUCUCUGAAGAGAACUCGUGGGGUUUCGGUCAGACUUUACCGUUGAUCCUGCUUCUACUACCACUUCUCUCUAUGGCACAGGCGUACCUUGACGACGACGCAAAGGCGCAAGAAGCGUCCCGCGUGAACGAAGAUGUAUUGUCUCCGCGUGGAACUGCUGUCGUCGAAGAGACGGAUGAUCCGAGCGCUAUAGACGCAGGUGUCUCCGAUCUUCAAAACAGCAAUCGGCUCGUUAGCCUUCCAUCAUACCCCUACGAGGACUUCGCUCCGUACGACUGGUAUCACGAUCACCUGGUCCUCCUGGUCUCACAGAUCAUCAUGGUCAGCACCGUCGCACUUUUCUUUCUCACACGCUUAGCAGACAUCUUCGGCAUCUCCUCCAUCCUACACAGUAGACUCUUCGUCAUCUGGAUCCUAGCUGCCUUACCGCUUGCGUUGUUCAUUCAUCUGGCAGCAUGGUAUCUUGCAGCUUUAGUGGUCGGUAAGUGGCCUGGUGUAGGGAGACGGUUAUCCAGAGAGAACGAAGAGAGGAGAGACCAGACCAGGAGAGGGCACGUGGUGUAUGGGAUAUGGCGGGCGGGGCUCAUAGCAGGGUGUUUGCUGUUCACGUUCUUUGUCAGUUUGGAAUCGGCCGGACCGAACUCGCUGUUCUCGUAUCUGAGAUGA